GCAACUUCGAAGAAAAAUAUAUUUUGUCCCAUACCUGUAGUUUACGAAUUCUGUAACGACUUUUUCGAAAGACCCAAGGCGUCGAACAACUAACUGAGAUCUUCUCCACCAACAACCAAACCAUCCUACCACUGCUCAAGAAGCCAACGAUAGCAAACACGCGAUGAUCUACGUAGGUGAUGCUGGCCGAGUGGGGGACGGAGUGAACGGCCACCAUGUGUAUCCAGUGCGCUGCAGCCUCUUCGGUCCGUCCAUCACAGAAGUCGACCGACGGUAUUCGGACUUUGCAUGGCUCCACGCGCAGCUCGCCAAAACAUGCCCGGGGUGCAUCUUACCACCGAUUCCAGGAAAAGUGGUGGGCAUUUUGCAUUCCCGUGAGUUCUUGGAGGCGCGGCGCAUCGGGCUGCAAAAGUUCCUGACCAACGUUGCGGCCCACGAAGUGCUCAUGCACGCGCCAAGCUUCCGGCAGUUCCUACAAGCGUCGACAGUAGACUUGUCAGCGUUGAAAGCCAAGGCUAAGGUGGUCAACGACCCCAAGCAGGCGCUUACAAAUUGGUUUGGCAAAGCCGUCCAAAAGUUCUCCGAGCACGACAAGGUCCAGUCGCUGGCUGCCCGCGCGACCGGCCGCGACGUCGUGGCCAAGCCAAAAUCCGACCAAGACCUGGCGUUUGACCAGAUUGCAGGCUACGUGACCAUGCUGGAUGGCCAUGCCAAGCUGCUGCAACAGAAAGUCCUUGCCGCGUACCGCGCCAACCGAGCGACGUCCGCGGCGUAUUGCGACGUAAUCGAAGCCACGUCCGAGCUAGCCGAACUCGAGUCGUCCUUGCCCGAAAUGAAGUCGGUGGGGUUCCAAUCUGUCAUGGAGAUUGUGGACAUUCGUGCCAAGCAUCUCGACUCGGAUUGGGCCAUGCUGACGGACGCGGUCGACGACUUUUCGCGAUGGAUCACGAGUGUGCAGGCAGCGCUGGCAACGCGCGAGGACCGUCGAUUCGCCUAUCAGGCGCAGUUGGCCGCCGCCGCAAAGUUGAGCGGCGCCUCCCCCGAGGCCGCCUCCGAGUCCCCCGACAAGCAACGGUCCAGUUUCUCGUCCUUCUUGGGCCAAUCGUCGGCGUCGCAUGUGAACGCAGCAGUUCAAGUCGCCAAAGCCGACUUUGAAGCCGUCCACGAGCGCGUGAUGAGCGAAGUGCUGAAAUUUCGCGAAGAAAAGGCCAGCGUGCUAAAGGUAAUGUUCCUCCAGUUUGCCAGCUUGCAACUGGACAACGCGACCGAGUUCUCGGAAACGCUCCAUCGUGUCGUGCCAAAGCUCAAGGACACGUCCACGGCGCCCGUGGCCGCGGGCCAUGUUUCUAGCGUGUACUUGUCCACCGCCAACGACCAGCGGUCGUCGCAAUACCAGGACUUUGAAGAAGUGAUUCAAUCCAACCAAACACCAGCAACGAAAACACGCAAGAACAGCAGCCACAGUCUAGACGACAACGUAUUACCAGUCACACCAUAUGCGGAUGUGUCGUUGUAACGAGGGAGUGCACGGCUAUGUUUCAUAGGUUGGAUGUUACGUAAGUAUAUUAAAUGCAAAUUACAAAUGUAAAUAGGCUC